AUGACAGACCAUGAUUAUAUGAAGCAACCACCCGCAUACACCCUUCCGAAAAACGGGAUUGUCUCUCAUUUGCCAACCUCCUGGAUCCCAUAUGCUCAGCUGAUGCGGCUCCAUAAACUGACCGGAUUUUCCAUCUUAUAUUGUCCUUGCCCCGUCGGCGUCGUCUAUGCUGCCGCUCUUUCACCCAGAAAACUGCCAGCCUCAGUGCUUCUGCAUUGUGUAGCUCUUCUCACCGCAAGCAGCUUCAUCUUGCGCAGCGUUGGAUGCCAGGUCGCGAGAUGCCAACAGAGACCAAUAGCCCGAGGUGCUGUGACAACUACCCAGGGAUGCUUGCUUGCAACUGCCUUGCUCUUAAUUAAAUGGGGCCUUUUGUUCUCUCUACCAUUAGAGGCCCUUGUUAAUGCGGGGAUCACCAUGCUGCUGGCUGGCAUUUAUCCUUUCUGCAAACGAUUCACCAAUUACCCGGAGGUUGUUCUUAAUUUAGUGUUAGGUUGGCCAAUUCGCAUGGCACCACAUUCUCUCAGGAUACGACAUACCUGUGAUCGCUGUCUUUUCACUGCCAUUGCUAUUCUCAAUGUUAUCAACGACAUGAUAUAUGCUAGUCAGGAUGUUGAAGAUGACAUAAAGGUGGGUAUUAAGAGUAUGGCAGUGCGCUUCAGGGAUUCUGUCAAGCUCACGUUGUCGAUUCUCUCGCUAGGAAUGGUGGCAUUACUCGCCGGGGCAGGUGUUUCUGGGGAUACGGGCCCUAUGUAUUUUGUUCUUGCAGUUGGUGGAAUUUUUAUCAGAUUGUCCGGCAUAAUUGCCUCUAUGGAUUUGAAAUAUCCAUCAAUUUGCGUCAAUUCUGCUAGUCGAGUUUAUGUGGCUGUAAAUUGCAGUAUGGCAUACGGGCUUUUGUGGGAGUACUUUGAAGGAUACCGAGGACCGUAG